AAUUUCCUAUGUGACAGAUGUACAUUUGACAUACACAGAAAGAAAAAUUGGAUGUCACCACCGAAACACAUUUCCAAAAUUCACCAUGCCUACUUAAUUACCCAAGAAUUUACCGAAAAGGAAGCAAAAAAAUUCCAACCAUGGUAACUGUUUUCAUUAAAGACCUCAGAAGCUUCUAAUCACAAUGUCAAUCAAAUGCAACAAAGUAAAAAAUCCAUGUAAGAUAUGCUUAGGGACUGUUACCCAAAAGAACGGCUUACAAUGCCAGGGCGCCUGCCAGAGCUGGGUGCACUACAGCUGCCUGAACUACACUCCGGGAAAAAUAAAAGACAUAAAAGCAGGCAUCAUCAAGGUAACAUGUCCCUGCCCCGAUUGCAAGACAAGCAUGCCGAAAGAGUACCGUACCGACCAGCCCUACAGUUGCAAUAAUACACAAUGCCCCGCAAACCGUCCGCCCAAGUGUGAUAACAUUUUGUGCCCAAUCAAUGACCCAAGAAAACAAGGAGGGAUAAUACCACCGAUGAGGCCACAGCCACAGCCUUGUCCUCUGAACAAAUGCGGUAAUGAUUGCAAACAGUUCAGUAAUCCACAGUUACCGAAUAUAAACACACCUCAAAGUGCUCCCCCUUGCGUGCCACCUAGAGGGGGGGGAGGGAGUGGUGGUGGUGGCGGUGGUGGUUACGGGCUUUCGCCGAUGUCGUCAUCCGACGCCUGCGUAAGUGAUCGCGAUCUCAACAAGUGUCCCUCAGGCUGUUCAUCAAACAACGACGUCACAGGUGACGUCGGAGUAUACCAAUCAGUCGGGGGCAGCAUGCCUUCCUUCCAUGUCGUGGAACAAAUGUGCAACACCGUCGGUCAACUGACGGAACAAAUAAACGAACUCAUGUGUAGGAUGAAACAGGCAGUCAAGGAUAAUAAGAGUUGCCCCAAGUCAGCUCGAGCGCCUUGUAAUCAGAAAGCUUGUACUCAAAAAGGGCCAAAGUCAAUGUGUCCUAAACCCUGCUUCUGCCCCGGCAACCCCGCAAGAAGGAACUGAAAUAAUCAAAACUGCAAUAGAUUCACAUAUUUUUUAAAUAGUUUUUCAAAUACUAGUGUUAAUUACUUUGUUGGCUGAGUUUUAUUAGUAAGUAUUACUAUUUCCGUUAAUUACCUGAUAAGAAUUUGUCCUAGAAGGGCAAACUGCUGCGUGGAUAGGAAACGGUCGCAUCGUUCCACCGUUACCAAUUACAUCGUUCGUACUUGGACCAUCGAGUAAUGUCCACUGUGUACAAGAAAUAUAUUUUAAUAAAUCAUAUUUGAAUUUUA